AAAGGAACGGUGAUUUGAAAGAGGAGCUUGAUGUGAAUAGUGUGAAUUAUUUACAAUGAUUUGAGUGAAGUACAGUUUAAAAAGAUAAAAUGGAAUCUCGACAGCGUGCGUUUGCUCAGAAACUGAAAUGGCAAAACAAUGCAGAUAUUCGCCAGCAAAUUUCAAGCUCAUCUGUAUCGAGCAAAGAUGAUGUUCAGCCAAAGCACAUAAUUACAGGAAAAAACCCAGCAACUGAUGUUGUUGAUCCACUUGACUUUGAAGAAUUUCUUGACCAGCACAGAGAUCAAGUAGAAUGUGAUUCUUUUCGACACAUGCUAGAUUUCCCGGAAGAUGAUUUAGAGAUUGGUAUUUUACCACACAAAUGUAGAACUUUGGAGCAUAUUAUUCCUGAUGAUGAAGUUGUUGAACUUAAUCAACAAAUUAAGGAUUGCAUUCAAUGUUACACUUCUGAUUGGGUUGUUGUAAAUAGAAGGUAUCAACAAUAUAGCUCAAGCUAUUUUUCCUAUGAAAGAAAUAUUGAAAGGCCGAAUGUUACUAAGACUAUACCUAAACAAGAGUAUGAAAUUGAUAUAAUUCCUCCUGUCUCGGAAUAUAAAGAGGAUGAAGCUCGUUUAAAGCAAAUAAGUGAACAGCCACCACUUGCAGAAAGUGAAGAUGUUUCAGUAUGCAGUGAUUCGUCUGCACCUUCAUCAAAUCGACAAUCAUUUCAAUUGGCCGAUACCCCUCGAGGUAGCUGGGCUAGCAGUGUAUUUGAUUUGCGUAAUUCUCAGGCAGAUCCUCUUAUACCAUCUUUGUUAGAUCACACGCCAUCUGAAGCACUGGAUUACAUCAAUGAAGUUAAGAGACAGGAAAAUCGAUCAGAAUCUCUGUUUACUCUUUAUCCACAAAUGGAUGAGGAAGAGUUUAUUGAGAGAAGGUUACCUGGGCUAGUUCCAAAAGAGCACAUUGGCCAUCGCUUGAUUGUAAAAUGCCUUGCUUUAAAGUUAGAUCUGGAGAUUGAACCUAUCUUUGGGAUUAUGGCUUUGUAUGAUGCUAAGGAAAAAAGAAAGGUUUCGGAAAAUUUUUAUUUUGAUAUGAAUUCAGAACCUUUGAAAAGAAUGCUAUCUAGUCAUAUCUGUUACCAGGAUGUGUCAACAUUAAGCAGAUCUUGUAUUUUUCAAAUUACUAAUCCAUCUCCUGAUUUAUUCCUUGUAAUUAAAUUAGAAAAAGUAUUACAAGGUGACAUUAAUGAAUGUAUUGAACCAUAUGUUAAAGAUGACAAGAAUCGAGAUAAACUUAAAAGCAAUGCAGUUUUAACUUGUGAGAGGCUUGGAAAAUACAGAAUGCCCUUUGCAUGGACUGCCAUAUAUUUAAUGAAUAUCAUAAAUGGAGUAAAUAGUCUUGAUAAGGAUUCUGGCAGUGAUCGUGACAGUGUCUCAUCUAACAGUUUAGAUCGCAAAACUGUUGGAACUGGUUUUGAAACUUUAAGGAAAAAAUCGUCUGAUGCUGGAUCAAUAGGGCAUCGUGGAACAUUGGAGAGACGAAGCACCAUUGAUAAAAGAAACAGUUGGAAUGCUGAUGAUCUAGCUUCAAAUCUUGACAGUUUCCGUCCAGUAACUUUAACUGUUAACAGUUUUUUCAAACAGGAAACUGAUCGUCUACGAGAUGAAGAUCUUUUCAAAUUUCUUGUUGAUUUAAAGCGACCUUCAUCAGUGUUGAAACGUUUGAAAUGUAUUCCAGGAAUCUUGAAACUGGAUAUUGCUCCAUGCCCAGAGGAACCUAAAUAUUGCCUUACUCCUGAGUUAGCUAGGCUUCAUCCCUAUCCUGAUGAAAAGGGCCGUCCAACAAAAGAAAUAUUGGAGCUUCCUGUUAAAGAAAUCUAUGUGCCUCAUUAUUCAUACCGAAAUCUUCUGUUUGUAUACCCUAAAGAUGCUAAUUUUUCCAAUCGACCUGGUUCUGCUCGAAAUAUAACAUGCAAAAUUCAGUAUAUGGCUAGUGAAGAAAUACAUAGUGCCUUGCCUAUUAUAUUUGGGAAGUCUAGCUGUCCUGAAUUUUUAACUGAAACUUACACUGCAAUUACUUAUCACAGCAGAUUUCCUGACUUUUAUGAUGAAAUUAAAAUAAAACUCCCAGCUGUUUUUACUGAGCAACAUCAUCUUCUCUUUACUUUUUAUCAUAUAAGUUGCCAGAAAAAAGUGGAACAAAAUCCAACAGAAACACCCAUUGGAUAUUCAUGGCUUCCAUUAUUUAAAGAAAACAGAUUACAAACUGGUGAUUUUAGUCUUCCUGUUAUGAUGGAGUAUCCACCACCAAGUUACUCAUUUCUAACUCCCUUUAUUCAGAUUCCAAACACAAAGUGGGUUGAUAAUCACAAAGGCAUAUUUAAUAUCACUAUUCAUGCUGUAUCUUCAGUCUUCCCUCAAGAUCCACAUGUAGAUCGCUUUCUCAAUUUAUGCAGGAUGGUUGAAGAAGGCUCUAUCCCAGCAAGAAUUGCAGAAAGCUCUCUAGAACAUGAACUGAAAACUAGUAUGCUUGAAAUAACGAGCACUAAUGAUAGUUCAUUAGAAUGUUUAGUUCAUUUUCUACCCUUGGUACUUAAUAAACUUAUAUAUUUACUUAUUCGUCCCCCUAUCAUUAAUGGCCAAACUACAAAUAUUGGGCAAGCAGCAUUUGAAGCAAUUGCUAUGGUAGUUAAUACUAUCACUGUGGGACUCGAAAAUCAGAAUGAUCGUCACAAUCGAAACAGCUUAUUGGCUACAUAUUUAUCAUAUCAAAUUACAGUUCCUCAUGCUGCUCCCUCUGUUUAUGGUUCAUCUGUUAAUGAAUCAAAUCCCUUAGGAUUGGGGUAUGGAACUGUUGGCCGCCAUAUGUCUACUCCUUUGCAUAGAUCUUGCUAUGGACGCAGCAAUAGUAAUCCGGAUUUAGUUUCUUAUGCUGACACUGAUGGUGAAGUGAGCUCUAUUCUCUGUAAAGGUCUUGAUAGAACUGCAAGUAUGAGAACAGCAGCUGCUAUCCAGGAGAAUGUUUUAUGUGCAAUAUCCAUGACACAAUCUCGUAAAGUAUUACAUGAAGAAAUAGCUUUGCAGUGUGUUGUAUCAAGUGGUCCUGCUAGAGAACUUAUGCUUUCUAAUUCAUGGUUUUUCUUUGAUCUCAUUAUCCGAAGUAUGAUUGAACAUUUAGCUGCCACAAAUCGUUUAGAUAUGCCUCGUAAGAUGAGAUUUUGUGCCCAGUUCUUUGAUGAUAUUACAACUUUGGUAACUACUUUGACAUCAGAAAUAAUCAGUCGUAGUAAUAAGGAAAGUGAAGAACGAUUUAUUCGAAAUUUGAAUUCCAGCUUGGCAUUCUUCCUGUGUGAUUUGUUUUCAGUAGUUGAUCGAGGCUAUGUUUUCUGCCUUAUCAAAGCUUAUUGCAAGCAAAUGUCAGCCAAGAUUUCAACUCUUCCUGACAGCGUAUUUUUAAUGUCCUUGAAACUAGAUUUUUUGAGAAUAGUAUGCAGCCAUGAACAUUUUAUAACUCUAAAUCUUCCAUUUGGAACUCCUGUAUCUCCAUCACCAGCAACAUCACCAUGCCCUAGUGUAGCUUCAUCAUCAUCACAAUGUUCUCUUCUGUCAACGGGUACUUUAGUGGAGAAAGGAAAUUUCACUGAACUUUCUAUAGAAUUUAAACAACAGCAUUUUCUUGUUGGAUUGGUGCUAUCUGAUCUUUGUUAUGUUCUAUCUAUGAACAAUGGCAUGUUACAAACCAAAGCUAUUAACAUGGUAAGAAAUCUUUUAACUUGUCAUGAAUGGGAUCCUCGUCUGGCUGAAGCAGAUCAAAGAGCUCGAGUUGCAAGCUUAUAUUUACCUCUCAUUGGCAUUACAUUAGAUGCUCUUCCUUUACUUUAUGAUUGGCAAAGUAUAAAUAGAGGACAUGAUACUGACAAUGAAACAGAUUGUCGUUUGAAUCAAGAAGUUGCAUCUGCAAUAUCGAGUUCAACUAUAGCAAAUAAACAUACUCCAGUUAAGGUGUAUGAUAUGUUUCAAAAUCGUAAGCAACUUUUGAAGGGUGAUACAACAAAACAUUUGUUAAUGUGUGUUUUGUGGGUCUUAAAAAAUGUUGAUCGAAAGGUUUUACGUUCUUGGUGGGCUGAUUGGAAGCCUAGAAAGUUGCACCAGCUGUUGGAAAUCAUGUAUAUUUGUAUAUCAUGUUUUGAAUACAGAGGAAAGAGAAAUUUAAUGAGAUGCAGCCAAAAACAAAUGCAGAAAACUUCAGAUAUAAAAUCGAGGUUGGAAGAUGCUAUUUUAGGCCAUACAAGUGCUAGAAGUGAAAUGAUGAGACGUAAAGAUCGUAAUCCACCUUCUCCCUCACCGACAGUUGGUGAUAAAUUGAGAUGGAGAAAGGAUCAAAUGGUAUGGAAGUCGAGCACUGAUGUUGUGGAUCGACCAAAAAUGGAAACUGAAAUUGCUGUUCACUUAGAAGGAAAUUUAGCUGCUGAAGUUAACAUGGUAGUGCUUGAUACUCUUGAAUUGAUUGUUCAGGUUGCUUGCCAUUCAGAUGCUUUACAAGGUGUAUUGAGUACAGUUUUGAAAGUUUUAUUACAUGCAUUAGGAUCUAAUCAAAGCAACACAGUGUUGCAAAACAUGUUUGCUACUCAAAGAUCACUUGUAUAUAAAUUUCCAGAACUGUUGUUUGAAGAAGAAACUGAGCAAUGUGCUGAUUUAUGUUUGAGAUUGUUAAGACAUUGUAGUUCAAGUAUCAGUGGUGUGAGAUCACAAGCAUCAGCAUCUUUAUAUCUUUUAAUGCGACAGAAUUUUGAAAUUGGAAAUAAUUUUGCCCGAGUGAAAAUGCAAGUGACUAUGUCACUUAGUUCCCUUGUUGGCACUAAUCAAAAUUUUAAUGAAGAAUACUUAAGGCAUUCUUUGAAAACUAUACUUGUUUAUGCAGAGGAAGAUACAGAAUUACAGAGCACAACUUUUCCAGAACAGGUGCAUGAUCUUGUCUUCAAUUUACAUAUGAUUUUGUCUGAUACUGUUAAAAUGAAAGAAUUUCAAGAAGAUCCUGAAAUGUUAUUAGAUUUAAUGUACCGUAUUGCAAAAGGAUACCAGACUUCUCCUGAUUUAAGACUUACUUGGCUGGCCAAUAUGGCACAGAAGCAUACAGAGCGAUCAAAUCAUGUGGAAGCUGCUCAUUGUCUGGUGCAUUCAGCAGCAUUAGUAGCAGAGUAUCUUUAUAUGCUUGAAGACAGGCCAUAUCUUCCUGUUGGAUGUGUGACAUUUGAAAAAAUAUCACCUAAUGUUUUGGAAGAAAGUGCAGUUUCUGAUGAUGUAGUUUCUCCUGAUGAAGAAGGAAUAUGCACAGGAAAAUAUUUCACAGAAAAUGGUCUAAUAGGAUUAUUAGAACAAGCUGCUAAUUCUUUUUCAUUGGGUGGAAUGUAUGAAAAUGUGAAUGAAGUUUAUAAAAUACUGAUACCUAUAUCAGAAGCCCACAGAGAUUAUAAAACUUUGGCUAUGAUUCACAAUAAAUUGCAUGAUUCCUUUGUGAAAAUUGACCAACAAGUUGGUAAAAGAGUAUUUGGUACUUAUUUUCGUGUUGGUUUCUAUGGCAAUAAAUUUGGCGAUUUAGAUGGUGAAGAAUUUGUCUAUAAAGAACCAUAUUUAACAAAGUUACCAGAAAUCUCACAUCGAUUAGAAAAUUUUUAUGCUGAAAGAUUUGGGCCUGAAUUUGUGGAAGUUAUCAAAGAUUCUAAUUCUGUGGAUCCAUCUAGACUCAAUCCUGAAAAAGCCUAUAUCCAAAUCACGUAUGUUGAACCAUAUUUUGAAAUGUUCCAACUUCGAGAACGCAUCACUCACUUUGAUCGAAACUAUAAUAUCCGAUGUUUCAUUUAUGCUACUCCAUUUACUCCGGAUGGCCGAGCUCAUGGAGAAUUGCAUGAACAAUAUAAAAGGAAAACCAUCUUAACUACUGCUUAUACUUUCCCAUAUGUAAAAACAAGAAUUCAAGUUGUAGAACGACAACAAAUUGUCCUUACACCUAUUGAAGUAGCCAUUGAAGAUAUAAUGAAAAAAACUCAGGAAUUAGAUAAUGCAACCACUCAAGAACCUUCAGAUCCUAAGAUUUUACAAAUGGUGCUGCAAGGAUGUAUAGGAACUACUGUAAAUCAGGGUCCAAUGGAAGUAGCUCAUGUGUUUUUGAUAGAUUUAAUUGAUGGCAAGAAAAGCCCUACUGCACUUCAGAAUAAACUUAGGUUAUGCUUUAAAGAUUUUCUUUUAAAAUGCAAUGAAGCCUUACGGAAAAACAGAUCCCUCAUUGGACCUGAGCAAAAAGAUUAUCAAAGGGAGCUUGAACGAAAUUACCAUCGGAUUAUGGAACGACUUAUGCCCAUGAUUAAAUUAUCAACUGCUGCUGCAUCUAAGCUAAGCAGGGAUCGUCAUGGUAGUGGCGAUCGUGUAUCAAAGAAGAAACAAUAAAUGAUUAUUGUGUGCCAUUAUUUUUUCUGUAGCUGAACUUACGUAACUUUCAUUCUAUAAUGUCUGAAUCUAGUCACUUCUUUUCUUAUAUUUUCUUUCUUUUUUUCUGCAUUUGCUUAUAUUAUUUGAAACUGCCAUUGUUUUGUAUGUUGAAUUUUCAGUGAUAAUCAUUCUGGAAAACAAUAUAUAUAUAUCAUAUUCAUAUAAUUUCAUGAUUAAUUUAUAACUUUUGCUGUGCAAAAGAAUAUUUUAAUGACCUCACUUAUAAUUUCUUUAUUCCUUAUUCUUAAAGUAUUUAUUAAGUUACACAAUUAUGAAAUUUUUUUUACUGAUAAUUUUAAUUGUUUUGUAUUAUUGUAGACUCUUUCAAAAGUCAUAAAAUAUGUGGAUAAUUUUAACUGUAGAUUGAUUAAUCUAUCUCAUUUAUGAUUUUUUCCAUUAUUUUUUUAAAUUUUCUAAGAAUAGAAUUUUGAGUUUAUCUCAUUUUUAGAGCUUGAUAUGUUUUCUAUAUUAACUUAAUCUUGAUCAGUUGGAUUUUUCAUGAAUUUGUUGUAUGUGUAAUAUAAGCAGACUUUUUUAUUCAUUACUUUGAAUAGAAUAAGUUAACUAUCAUUUAGAGGCUAUAUUUGUUGUUACAAGUGCUUUGUGUACUUUUAGAAAUCCAAUGCAAUUUGAUUAAUAAGAAUAUUCACCAUAAUCAUCAAUUGUGUGCUGACCUAAAGUAUUUAAAAAAUGUCAACAUGUCUUAAAUUAAUGUUUAUGUGGUUGGUCUACUAUAUGCAAAUUUUUGUACAAAAGUAAUAUUUCAUCAUGUGAAAUUUUACAUCAGCAUUCUUACUUAUUCAAUGAAUUUGCUUCAAAGUGACACGUUUUGGGCUCUUAAUUCUUUUUUAAUCACAUAAAUAUACUUAAACAAAAAAAAUUUUGGUGACUGAGAUAAUUUAUAUGGAGCUGGACUUGGGGGGGGGGGGAAGUUCACUUUUUUUUUAUCAGUGAAGAGGGCUGAUGGGAGAGUGCUUAAAUAAAUGGGCCUUGCUACUUUAUGUUUUAUGAGAGCCAAACAUGACCACUGAGUAAGCAAGAAAAGAGAGGUAAUUGUAAUUGAACUUUUUUUUUUUUUUUUUUUUUUUUUUUUGUAGACAGAAAAAAAAUUAUUCAAACUAUGUCACUUAGACAUAACUAAGUGAAACAAUCUUGCUUCAGAUGCAUAUAAAGCUAGGAUUAUGAAGGAAUUCAUGAAAGAUAUUCAUCAGGAUAACCUUUGCUUUAUCUUGCCCCAUGAACUUUUGAAGUAUAGUUUUGUGUUAUUUCUUUACAGUACAGUAAAUAGAAAUUUUUAAGUAUUGGGAGUUAAGUACAAAUGUAAAUGGAAAAAAUAUAUAUAUGGUCGUAAAAAUAAAUAAUUGAUUAAAAAUUGCUAGAUUAUGACUUUUUUUUUUUUUUUUUUUUGCAUUUGAAUCAGAGCUUUUAUUGUAAUUUUUUUAAGGUAAAAUUUUUUAUUUUAUUACCAAAAUUUGAUUUUCGAGAAGUAUUUUUAAUUUUUCUGCAGUGUUGUGAUAUACUCAUAUUACUAAUUCAUCAUCAUUGAGAUAACUUCUUACGGAAAGUCAAAAGUCAGAAAUUCAUCCAUAUGAAUCGGCAUUUUAAAAGGAUAUCAUUUUAUUACUAACACAUUUUUUUUUUAACUUGAUAAUGUUUAUAACCUGACAUACUAUUUGUAAGUUUGAUAUGCACAAUGUAAAAAAUUUUCAAAGCAUUUUACAGAGUAGAUUGUUGCACCUACAGCUGCCCAAUUUGGCAUAUUAAAUACUACUUAUAAUUAGAAGCUCAACAAAAAAAGUGUUUUUCAAAAUUUUAACAUUUUCUGCCAAUUACUUUAAUUUACAUUAUCCUAAAAAACAUUUUUAAAAUUUAAAAAAAAAAGCUUUUAAGCUUUAUUUCAUUGUAAUUUUUUUCCUAAUUUUAAUAAAUUAAAAAUAAUUAUUAUUUUAUUUACUGCAUUUAUUCGUAUGCUCAUUAUGAUGAUUUUUUUAAAUAUAAUUUUUUGUACAUGUUUUCAUUGCUAUAUAAAUAGAAUAAGUUAUUAAAAA